GUUGCUUCUUCUUAUCAAUCUUGCUCCACGUGCGGCGGUUUUUAUACUUUUACUGCAUAUACUACCGAUUUUAAUUAUUUUACUCGAUUCAAAAUGCCGCCUGUUAAGAAACCCAAGGCGCAGAAGAUCGAGAAACAGUCCACGCCCAAGAAAACCGUAGAUAAAACCAAGGAUGUGGUCUCCGGACAGCUGAAGAAAAAGGUGGCCAAGGCCAAGCCCCAAAAACCAAAGGGUCCGGAACGCGGCGUGGUCAUUGUGAAGCACCUGCCCCAUGGAUUCUUCGAGCAGCAGCUGCGCCAGUACUUCCGCCAGUUCGGUCGGGUGCUCCGCGUCCGUUUGGCCCGGUCUCUGCGCACGGGAAACAGCAAGGGCUACGCCUUUGUGGAGUUCGAGUACCCGGAGGUGGCGAAGGUGGCCGCCGACACCAUGGACAACUACCUCAUGUUCCAGAAAGUGGUCAAGGCCUCCUACAUUCCGCCGGAGAAGCAGACCUUUAACUUCUUCAGGACAUCCUUGAAGAAGGUCAUUAAUAAGGCCGGCAAGGAAAUCUACGUUUCGGACGUGACCAAAGCCACCCAGCGCAGCGUAAAAAAGCAAAACAACUGGGAUGAGUCCGCCUGCCAGAAGCGCACCGUGACCAAUCUCAACAAGAUCAAGAAGCUGCAGGAGAAGUACAAGGACUUGGGCAUUGAUUUCAACAACCUUCUGGUUGAGCCAGUGAAGAAGACAAAGAAGACACCAGAGGCAACUGAGGCUGCUGAGGCAUCUACGAGCAAGGCAGCAGCAAAGACAGCCGGCAAGAAACAGAAACAGUCGUCAAAGAAGGAGUUAAAGUUGGAGGACUUGCUGGGCACGACCAUCAACGAGGACUCCGACGAUGAGGACUACGUAGAUGCCUCCGAUGAUGAGUCUGAGCUGGAGGUCGAGGAUGAGGAGGCGGAGGACAGUGAGGACGCCAGCGAUGACAGUGAUGAAGAGGAGGACCUGCCGCCACCACCUAAGAAAAAGAACAAGGCUGGCCUGGAAGAUAAACUGAAGCGCAAACCAGGCACUGGCGGUGUCCAGAAAAAGAAACAAGCUCAGGCUGCCAAGGGCAAGAAGAAUGCCGCCACCCAGAAGCUGCAGCUGGCCGCAGCAAAGUCGCUGGCCAAACCGUUGCCCAAGGGAAAGGCAAAGAAGUCCAAGAAGUAGCUUAAAAUACCUUUACUAUAGUUUUUAAGUAAGCGAAAACAUUUUGUAAGAUGAAUUGUGUUAAAAUAUGUCCUUG